AACAUUGGUAUUUUGUUUUGUGUCAAAAAGGCGAAGUUCGUGUAACUUCGAUUAAUUCCUUUUAUAUAAAAUUUAAUUUAGUUCGCUGUUACAAAGUAAUAAAUGAAAGUAGAGCAUUUAUCCAUAAAGAGUUGUGUGAAUAAACGAAGAACGAUAAUUGCUUUGAAAAAUUACUGAAUGUGCUUUCUGCGUUGGAGUUGAAUCAUCGGGGUUGGGCAGCUCACUGUCCAACUACUCCGUCUACGAGUAUUUAUGUGGAUAUGAAUGAUAUUGACUAGGUCCUGUAUUUUUAAGGGUGGGAUACGACAAUACUGCAAAAAGGUACAAAGUAAAAUACAGCAAAAAAUAUUGCAGAAAUGUCUGCGAAUUUAAUGGAAAAUUUCGCAGCGCUUCCUGCUGAUGUGCGAGAAAAGUUGGCUGAGCUGGAUUUGGAAUUAUCUGAAGGCGACAUAACCCAGAAGGGAUAUGAGAAGAAGCGAGCCAAGCUGCUUCAACCAUUUUUAAUACCGACAAGCGAAGGAAAUGACUCUAAAGAUUUGGACAAGGGCGACAAGCAGAUGCCUCCUUAUUAUAAUAUUAAAACGCCGCAACCGCCAAACCUAAAGACUGUGAAAGACGGAGCCUUAGUAUCAAGUGAGGGAUAUAGUUACGUAACUGAAGUCCCAUCACUUCCAUCAUCUCAUCAAAGACAUUCCAAUGCAUCUAAAAAGUCAGAUGGCAGCCAUCAUUCGAUGAGUGGUGGCGGUAGUAGUGGCGGCGGUGGUGGUGGCAGUGGCAACUUCAGUGGAAGUGGGCAUGUAGAAAGAUCCGAGUCAAGCCAUCAACAUAGCAGGCAACGACGUACACAGCGAAAAAUUACACACAAUGAGAAACGUUAUCAUUCCGAAGUGCGACAAGAAGCUGUACAACAAGCGCUUGCAGCACUAAAAACUCGUCCGAAGCCUAGUUUGCCAAUGCCAUCGAAGAGAAGUUCUGUGCUCAAUCGAAGUCCGGAUCGCAAUAAUGAUGAUAUUGAUUCAUCGACUGAUGAAGAAUCCAUUCCUGAGGAAACCAUUUCUCCCGACAAGGAGUACAAUUAUCCACGUGAUCAUGUUAGCAAUAUAAUGGAGCCAAUUAUAAAACCUCCCAUACGAGACUCAUCAAUGGGCGGUUCACAAAAUAAACAUAAAUAUCCGGAACGGCGGCCACCACAAAAUUUGCCACCACUGCCAACUUCAGAUACAUCCAGCACAGACUCGCCACCAACAGCGUACAUGAAAGAAAAUACAGAUUUUAAUGAUAGCAAAGACAAGCACAAACCAUACGCAGCUCCGGAUAUCACUCAAUUCAAUAAUACCCGUCACGCAGCAGAUCGCGUGACGCGCUAUGUAAAUGUUUCCCAAACCGAUCUAGGCGAGUCGGAUACAAAUGGUCGCUGGAAAGUUUCAGCGAAGAUUCAGCAGCUCCUGAACACGCUUAAACGUCCCAAACGACGACCAUUGCCUGAAUUUUAUGAAGACAACGAUAUCGAACUCGAAAUUGCAGCAAAUCCCAAAGAUCCAAAUGCGCCAAAACCCGAAGGCAGUAUUAUGACGGCAGUACAAGGUGAACAAUUGGCGGUACCAGCUGGCUUGCCACGAUCACUGGAAGCGGCACUACAACGUUACGGUGCUAACUCGUUCAAAUCGCCAAUGGCGACGGUACUCGAUCCGAAUGGAAAAAUCACCACAACAUUAACGUAUGGGAAAUUGUUGUCACGAGCACAGAAAAUUGCGUAUGCACUGUCAACUAAAAUCUUUAGUAAGGGUCCCGAGCAGAUUACUCUAAAGCCCGGCGAUCGUGUGGCUUUAGUUUAUCCCAACAAUGAUCCUUUGAGUUUUAUAACCGCUUGGUAUGGAUGCAUGUUUCGUGGUCUUGUACCACUACCAAUUGAGCUGCCGCUAUCUAGCUCAGAUACACCGCCACAACAGGUGGGCUUUCUCCUUAGCUCGUGUGGCAUCACAGUCGCGUUGACAUCUGAGGCCUGUCUGAAAGGCUUGCCAAAGUCUGCAACCGGCGAAAUUGCUAAGCUGAAGGGCUGGCCACGCCUCCAAUGGUUUGUAACUGAACAUCUACCUAAGCCGCCUAAAGAUUUCAAUGUUGGUAAUAUACGAAUUGAGGAUACGGCAACGGCAUACAUUGAAUAUACAACCGAUAAGGAGGGUAGUGUAAUGGGAGUUACAGUCACUCGUUUAGCCAUGAUGAAUCAUUGUCGUGCUCUCACCAUGGCUUGUCACUACACUGAAGGUGAAACAAUCGUUUGUGUGUUGGAUUUUAAGCGUGAAGUCGGCCUAUGGCACGCUGUGCUCACCUCUGUCUUGAAUGGAAUGCAUGUGCUAUUCAUUCCCUAUGCACUAAUGAAGUUGCGUCCUUCGUCGUGGAUGCAGCUUAUCACCAAACAUCGUGCCUCAUGCUGUCUGGUGAAAAGUCGUGACUUGCAUUGGGGGUUACUGGCUACAAAGGACCAUAAAGAUAUCUCGCUGUCGUCUUUGCGUAUGCUGCUCGUUGCUGAUGGUGCCAAUCCUUGGUCCCUUUCAUCAUGUGAUCAAUUCUUAAAUGUUUUUCAAUCGAAGGGUUUGCGUUCGGACGCGAUAUGUCCCUGUGCCAGCAGCUCAGAAGUUUUUACAGUGUCACUGCGACGCCCAGGCCGCUCAUCUACCGGCUUUAGUCAGUCUGCUACUGGACGCGGUGUGCUAUCUAUGGCCGCCUUGUCACAUGGUGUUGUGCGUGUGGAUAGUGAAGAUUCACUUACAUCGCUAACACUGCAGGAUUGCGGACAAGUUAUGCCAGCUGCACAAAUGGUUGUGGUGCGUUCUGAGGGACUACCAGUGUUGUGUAAAACCGAUCAAGUUGGUGAGAUUUGUGUAACAAGUGGUUCGACGGGUACAGCCUACUUCGGUUUAGAUGGUCUUACCAAUGCGACAUUUAAAGUACAGCCAUUACUCGAAGAUCCAGAUACCACAAAAGAUGAGUCUACAUUUAAACCAAUCAAUGAUGAGUAUUAUGUGCGUUCGGGCCUGCUAGGUUUCCUAGGCCCUGGCGGUUUGGUAUUCGUUUGUGGUUCACGCGAUGGUUUAAUGACUGUAACGGGUCGCAAACAUAAUGCUGACGAUAUCAUUGCUACAGUAUUAGCUGUGGAACCCAUGCGCUUUAUUUAUCGCGGCCGGAUCGCCGUCUUCAGUAUUAAGGUAUUACGAGAUGAACGCGUUUGCGUAAUAGCCGAACAGCGUCCAGACUGCUCCGAAGAAGAAAGUUUCCAAUGGAUGUCCCGUGUUCUACAAGCCGUCGAUUCUAUACAUCAAGUGGGCAUAUAUUGCCUAGCGCUCGUGCCACCAAAUCAUUUGCCGAAAACCCCAUUGGGCGGUAUACAUCUGUGCGAGGCGCGACGACGCUUUUUGGAGGGUUCAUUGCACCCGGCCAAUGUCCUAAUGUGUCCACACACGUGCGUCACUAAUCUGCCAAAACCGCGAGAAAUACAUCAAGGUGUGCAAACUGCAACUGCAAAAAUAAGCUCAUCUGGAUGUGGUAUUACAGACACGUCUGUUGGGCCAGCCUCAGUGAUGGUUGGAAAUUUAGUGCAGGGCAACCGUUUAGCCAUCGCACAAGGUCGGGACAUCGGCUUGUCAGAGGAGAAUGAACGAAAGCAUCAAUUAAUAACUGGAGUCUUACGUUGGCGUGCUAAUACCUCACCGGACCAUAUCAUCUUUACGCUGUUGAACUCGAAAGGUGCUAUCGCAAAAACGUUGACAUGCUCAGAAUUACAUAAACGAGCCGAAAAAAUAGCAGCGCUUUUACAAGAACGAGGACGUAUUGAACCUGGGGAUCAUGUUGCUUUAAUAUUUCCACCUGGCUUGGAUCUAUUAUGCGCCUUCUAUGGUUGUCUUUAUUUGGCUGCUAUUCCGAUCACUAUUCGACCACCUCAUCCACAAAAUCUUAUAACGACUCUACCAACUGUGCGCAUGAUUGUCGAUGUCUCGAAAAGUGUUAUUGUGCUUUCUAUACAACCGAUAAUAAAAUUAUUGAAAUCGCGCGAAGCUGCUGCUUCCAUCGAUCCGAAAACUUGGCCACCCAUAUUGGACAUUGACGACAAUCCUAAACGAAAAUUAAUGUCAAUUGCGAAUGCACCAUUGGACUCUACGGCAUAUUUGGAUUUUAGCGUCUCCACUUGUGGCCGCUUGAGCGGUGUGAACAUUACGCAUCGGUCCCUUUCUAGUCUGUGCGCAAGCUUAAAAUUAGCCUGCGAAUUAUAUCCUUCUCGUCACGUUGCUCUCUGUCUAGAUCCAUAUUGUGGUCUCGGUUUCGCCAUGUGGACCUUAAUUGGUGUCUACAGUGGGCAUCACUCGAUUCUCAUUGCACCAUACGAAGUUGAAACGAAUCCCAGCCUAUGGCUAUCAACAUUGUCGCAUUAUCGGGUACGAGAUACCUUCUGUUCGUAUGGCGUCAUCGAACUGUGCACGAAGGCACUAAGCAAUUCCAUACCGAUGCUUAAGCAACGUAAUGUUGAUUUGCGUUGUGUGCGCACAUGUGUAGUGGUGGCUGAAGAGCGUCCGCGCGUACAAUUAACACAGCAAUUUUGUAAGCUCUUCCAAGCGCUUGGCUUGAAUACGCGUUGCGUGUCCACUUCAUUUGGCUGUCGUGUUAAUCCAGCCAUCUGUGUGCAGGGUGCCAGCUCGGCAGAGAGUGCACAAGUCUAUGUUGAUCUGCGCGCGUUGCGAAAUAAUCGUGUGGCUCUGGUGGAACGUGGUGCGCCAAACUCGCUGUGUCUGAUCGAAUCGGGGAAGCUAUUGCCGGGCGUAAAGGUAAUAAUUGCCAAUCCAGAGACAAAGGGGCACUGUGGCGACUCACACUUGGGUGAAAUUUGGGUGCAAUCACCACACAACGCUAAUGGCUACUUCACCAUUUACGGUGAUGAAACUGACUAUAAUGAUCAUUUCAAUGCCAAACUAGUGACUGGCGCGACAACAGAAGUCUACGCACGCACUGGCUAUUUAGGCUUUUUGCGGCGCACUGAAUGUUCGCAAGCUGUUUCCAUUUUGGAUGAGACCACGCCCAGUGUGGCCAGCCGUGAUAGCGAUAAUGAAUCUCUGAACUCGAUGAGUCAGCUGCAUUUGAAUUUCUCAUCGAUGUCGACUGGUCCGCAAGUGCCCAGCGUUAGCGGCGAUCAGUGCUCAAUGGGAAACAUCAACGAUCAAGAACUUCACGAUGCUGUGUAUGUAGUGGGUGCUUUGGACGAGGUAAUUACGCUACGUGGCAUGAAUUAUCAUCCGAUCGAUAUAGAAAACUCGGUGCUAAGGUGUCACAAGAAAAUCGCUGAAUGUGCCGUUUUCACAUGGACUAAUUUAUUAGUUGUUGUUGUUGAGCUUGACGGGAAUGAAUCUGAAGCAUUGGACUUGGUACCAUUAGUAACUAACACAGUUUUAGAAGAGCAUCAGUUGAUUGUUGGCGUUGUUGUUGUUGUCGAUCCAGGCGUUGUUCCGAUCAAUAGUCGCGGCGAAAAACAACGAAUGCAUUUGCGUGAUGGAUUUUUGGCUGAUCAGCUGGAUCCUAUAUACGUCGCAUACAAUAUGUAAAUACAUAUACAAUAGUUACAUAAAACAUACAUGCAUACAUACAAUACGUACAUAUAUAUGACGAUACAUGAAAAUGAAAUUAUUUAUUAUACACUAUUACU